GGCAAAGAGAACUUCUACCUUUCAAGAACCCAUGUUCCUCUAAAACCCAAAAUUUAAACCUCUUCAUUCACGCUAAAACCAGGAAUAAAUCAUGAUCAAAGGGCACGACAAUCCAAAAACUUUCGAUUGAACCCUCACAAUGAACCUUCACCAAAUUCCAAAUCUGUUUCCAUAAUUUCCUUUUCCGAAAGUUCAUAUACGCUUUCCUUCUUAAGUUUUUUAUGGAACUUCGGUCGAUGCUACUGAUCUUCAAUCAUUUAUGCUUCUUUGAUGAGAAAAUCAAUGGAAGUCUCUGUGAGAUUUCUUAUAUGCUCAAUCUUGUUUUCCUUUGUAAGGAGAGCUGGUGCACUAGAUACUAUUUCUCCAGGUCAAUCCAUCAAAGAUGGUGAAACUCUAGUUUCAUCCAAGGGAACCUUUGAGUUUGGAUUCUUCAGACCUGGAAGUUCCAAGAGUCUGUACUUGGGGAUAUGGUACAAGAUACCAGCAACUCAGACAGUUGUAUGGGUGGCUAAUAGAGAAGCUCCACUUUCUGAUGGUGAAGGGGUUCUUGUUCUGGAUUCAAGGGGAACUCUUGCUCUUCUCAAUAGCACAAAGGGUGUCCUUUGGUCAUCCAAUACUUCAGAAACUGCAGAAAACCCAGUUGCUCAUCUCUUGGACUCGGGAAAUCUUGUAGUGAAAGAUGGAAAAAAUAACGACUCAGCGAAGUAUCUAUGGCAGAGUUUUGACUACCCUUCAGAUACAUUACUAGCAGGUAUGAAGCUUGGAAAAAACUUAAAAACUGGGUUUGUCAGGUUCUUAUCAUCCUGGAGAAGCACUGAUGACCCGGCUCCAGGCCAAUACGAUGCGCGUAUAGACCCUAGAGGGUUUCCUCAACUAGUAUUUGAACAAGGACCUCAAAUUCAGUUCAGAGCAGGGCCGUGGAAUGGUAUUAGUUUUGAAGGGCUUAGGAAUGGUUUAGAAUGGAUUGUUCGUUAUGUUAAACUAAAUCUGCUAAUUACACAUGAAUAUGUGUUGAAUGAUGAGGAGGUAUAUUAUAUGUAUGAGGUUGGAGAAGGUUCAGUUCUAACAAGGUAUGUAUUGAAUCCAUCUGGUCUUGCUCAGGUAUUUGUAUGGAGAAAUGGGAUUCAUGAUUGGGAUGUUCUGUCAUUGCGUCCAUUAGAUCUCUGCCAAAACUAUGCCUUCUGUGGAAAUUUUGCUAGCUGCAAUAUCAAUAGAUCUCCUGUAUGUUCAUGCCUGGAAGGAUUUGUGCCAAAAUCUCCAGUAGAUUGGAAUUCAGGAGAUUGGUCUGGUGGCUGUGUUAGAGAUAGUGCCUUGCAUUGUGAUAAAGAUGGGUUUCUCAAGCACACAAAGUUGAAAUGGCCAGAUACAUCCAAUGCCACAGUAAACAUGACAAUGAACCUCAAGGAAUGUAAGCAAAUGUGUUUGACAAACUGCUCUUGCAUGGCAUAUACAAAUGCAGAUAUCAGAAAUGGAGGAAGUGGCUGCUUGCUGUGGUUCGGUGACUUGAUUGAUAUAAGAGAUCUCACACCGGGAGGGGAUGACGUCUAUAUACGGCUGGCACCUGCAGAGAUUGCUCAUCUUGAGCAAACAAAGAGAUCAAGUGAAAGGAAGCAAGUAGCAAUCAUAGCUAGCUCUGUCUUCAUUGGCAUUGGAAUCCUAAUAUUGGGGAUUGUUACUUUAUCAGGAAGGAAAAACAUAGAAAAGAAAUGGACCUUUAAUACCUUGGUCUUUGCCAAAACAUCCUCUAUUUCAGGACUGAAAAAAAAGGAUUCCAGAAAGGAUUACAUGAAUGAUGAAGAAGAGGAGCUGAUGUUGUUGCCAAUGUUUGAUUUUGAAACUAUAGUUAGUGCAACAAAUAACUUUUCAAGCAAUAACAAGCUGGGACAGGGUGGCUUUGGAACCGUGUUCAAGGGUACAUUGUUAGAGGAAGGGCAAGACAUAGCAGUUAAGAGACUAUCUAGGACUUCUUGACAAGGGCUUCAAGAGUUCAAGAAUGAAGUUAUCUUGAUUGCAAAGCUUCAGCAUCGAAAUCUUGUAAAACUUCUUGGUUGUUGCAUUGAAGGAGAUGAAAGAAUGUUAAUCUACGAGUACAUGCCAAAUAGAAGUUUGGAUUACCU